UAAAUUGAGAUUGCCAAACUUCCAUAACCUUUAGUUAGCGCGGAGGCACGUGACUUAGUUCCGAACUUCUCCCGCUGGAGCCAAUUCAAUCAACUUUUAUGAGGACGUCUCGCUUCUUUCGAACGAUACUCAGGAGUUCAUAAGAGGCUCCAAGAUGGCCGUGCCCCGGAGUCGGAUUCUGGAUCUUGUGAAGACCCAAUGUCGAAUCUUCGCAACAACAUUUAACCCGCAGCGAUUGCGACUGGGAAACAAAGUUUUACGGCAGCGUUUGAGAGGUCCUGCUCUUGCGGCAUACUAUCCCCGUAAAACCGUGUCUUUCCGCGACUUACAAGAUACAUACAAGCCUCUGGAUCUGGAGACAUUUGAUGAGGGACAAGACGACCGAGAAGAAGCUAUUCAGAUGUAUGUUGCCACGCCAUGGUUCCCGGGUUGGAAUUGACAAUGGGCCGAAAUAUAGUGCGAAAUUACGUGGCAAAGGACGACCGAAGAAGAAGAGAACAGCUGCAGGUGAGGCGGUCCCUCGGAGACAAGCUAGGCUUUCAUUUGCAAUUGGAGCCAUACUGACUCUUCGACUUUCUUAAGAAUCACGUUCCGCCAAAAAGAAGAAAUAAACCAUUGUACGCUAUCUAUAUGGUGACCCUGUGGAGUUUUAUUUUUCGAUGCACAACAUAUACAACACUGUAUUUUUAUUGCUGGCGAUUUUAUCCCGAGGCAUGACACCUACCACACCAAAGGUUUUUGAGAUUCUUGGUGAACCCUAAGAGUUUGCCUACAAUCACAUAACAGUAUAUGUGACGGACUUGGUGGCUGGCGGCAGAGGUCUCAGCGGUGCUGUGACGGAGCCCUAAACCCUAGGUGCACUACCAUAACGGG